AUGGUGGGGGCGGCGGGCCGGACGGCGGCGUCUGGGGCGAGCGGCGGUGAGCGGUCCUCGGCGGGCUCGGGCGUGGAGCCGGGGCUCACCAGCGAGGGCUCUUCCGACCUGGGGUCUAACAGAGAGAGGGGAGUCGGGCGGGGAAGGCUCCGGGACCGGCGUUCGCUUUACUUCCGCCCGCCCCUUCGAGCCGCCUGCAUUUGCGCAGCUUUUAUGGAGGGCGGCAUGUCAGGCCGUCUCUUCGAAAGCGAAGCGGCGCCUCCAGUGCCGGCCCCUCCAGCCCGAGGGAAACCCGAAUUUCGGGGAAAGCCUUCGACGGGCAGCGGCGAGAACCCCGGCGACUUUCCCCCCGUGCCAAGGCCUCCUUCGACCCCCGCGCCUCCUCGGCGGGGACUCUUCUGGGGUGGGGCGCCAAGAAAGCCCGGCCUGGCCCCCUGCGGGAGGACCAGGAAGGCCGUCCCGAGCCGGCUCCCCGCAGCCCCUCCGGCUCAGCCGCGUCUCCGGGCAGGGCGGCCGCCAGCUCAGCAGCGCCCCGACUCAACCCUCUCAGCCGCCGCUCCGGCCCCCCACGGAGCUCGAGCUGCUCCCGGCGCUCCUUCGGGAGCCCCGUCUGAGCGUCGCGGCGCGCUUCGCGAGGGCUGCCCCGUCCUCCUCCGGCCAGCCCCCGGCGAGGCACCCUCGGGGGAGAGGGCCGGCGGAGCCCCGAGAGAGCGAGCGGCUGCAAAGCCCCAGAAGGCAGCCCCGGAGAGAGGCGCGGCCCCGCCGCGGAGGGCUGCCCAAAGCCCGUGCCCCUUUCUUCCCGGAGGUCAGACCGGCCCGGAUGCUGCCCAGCGAUGCUCGGGGAAGGGGGCCGGGCUCUGGGAAGGCACCUGUCUGCGGAUCGCGCCCCUCGGCCCCCCUUCUGGCUUAGCCAGCGCCUGCAAAGGCUCCGCGGCCCCUCCCGCCCCGGCUCGCAGGGUCCGCUUGUCGGGAGGCCUUCUCUCUCCGGACCGCAUCCCGAGGAGGCGGGCCCCCUCCGCCCGGGGAGCGCAGGCUCGCGUCAGAGGCUGCGAGGCGUCCUUCGCACCUGCUCCGGGAAAGCACAAGUUGGGCUCCGCCUGGUACGGGGCAGCCGGCGCCCGGCCCCUGCACGGUGCUCUGCCUAAGCUCAGGGGCCCGCUCCCUUCUUGCUUCCUCCGCGCCUCAAGAGGUGGCGGGACUGAAUGCGAGGAGGGGCUCGAAAUCCGGCUGGAGCGCGAUGCCGAGCCUCGCCUCCCGCCUCCUCCCCUCCGCCGGGAUCGCCCAGCCUCCUUCCGAGAGCCAGGCAGAGCUGGCGGCGGGAGCCUCCGGCGAGUCGCUCUCGCAGCCCCGCCUACCUCGCGGGGUUGUCCGGAGGCUCCCACGGAGAAGGGAGAACGAGACACACCACAGCCCCGCCCGCUGGCGAAAGCCCCCCGUUCUCUCUCCACCCCGACCCGACCCAAGAAGUUCGCCCAGCCUCGGACUUUUGCUGCGCGCCGAAGCCGCCGGGCGCGCAAACGCUUCCCCUUGACCCGCGUCUUCGCGCGCCCUUCACACGUGCGCGCCCUCCCCGCCAAGCCUUUGUUCUCCCCCUCCGGCCUUUGGCCCCAGCUGCCCACCGCCCCGCGGCAGCCCGAGAGCGCACCCAGCGCCGCCGCGCCGCCCGCCCGCCCUCAGCAUCCCUAUGACAACUGCAAGCGGCCAGCCGGAGCGGGCGAGCGAGCGCGGCGCCCCGAAGCCCUCCCGCCGGCCGGCCGGCGACGGGCUGUGACAGCCGCGCUGCCCUCCCCGCCCCCCGCGCCCCCCGCCCGGCCCGCCCGACGCGCCCCCAAACUUUGUUCAAGUCUCCGCGGCCCGCGCCUGGCUACCUACUCGGCGGCGGCGGCGGUUCCGUCUUUACGCGCAGCGGGAGCCAGGCUUCAUCCCCCGCCCAAGGGCAGGCGGCGGCGGGCGCUGUCCCGAGGCGCAGCCCAGAAGAAAGCAGCUCGCGGGCGGGAAGACGCGCCGUCCCGAGGCAUGGGCAGCGGCCGGCGGCGGCGGCGGGCUGGCGGGCGAAGGGCGCAGCGGAGGCAGCGGCAGCCUGCCUCUCCGCCCCUUCCCCUGCGCGCUGGCGCCGAGCGAGGCGCAAUGUGCCUUUGUUGA